GGGACAGGUGACGCAGGCCACAGGCAACUCUCUCCUUCCUGGAAAGAAACAAAGGAACUGCAAAAAUGGCCAAAUUUUUCACACCAGUUCAAAUCAAUGAGUUCAAGGAGUGCUUCUCCUUGUAUGACAAGAACCAAAAGGGCAAGAUUGUUGCCAAAGAUCUGAUCACAGUUAUGCGCUGCCUGGGUACAAGCCCCACAUUCGGUGAGAUUGAAAGACAUCUGCAAGUUCACAAAAUUGAAAAGACAGGUGAGCUGGAUUUCUCUUCGUUCCUGACAAUGAUGCACAGGCAGAUACAACAGGAAGAUCCCAAGGCAGAAAUCCUGGAGGCGUUGAGGAUGACAGACAAGCAGAAGAAAGGAUACAUCCAAGCAUCUGAGCUCCGAGCCAAGCUCACCAUGUUAGGAGAGAAGCUCACAGACAAAGAAGUGGAUGAGCUCUUCAGAGAGACAAACGUCAAGUCAAACGGUACUGUCAACUAUGAAGAGUUCACCCGGAUGGUGACGCUGCCACCUGUUGAUUACUGAUUUUUCAAGGAAAGAACUGCUAAAUAACGGCUGAUUGCAGUUGAACACAAACUGUAUUAAAUCUGCAUGGUUAGAACGGCAGUUCUGUAUUUGCAAAAUUUUGAGACUGAAAAUAGCAUUCACUUAAUUUUUUUUCUUCAUGAUUAUUCCCUGAUUAUUUAAUUAAAUGCAGAACUACUUUCUUCCAACUCUUUCCAUUGGUUUCCUCUAUGACUGAACCCACUGUGAAGCACUGCUGUUAUACUCUAUCAUAACUAACAGUGUAUGAUAUGGUUUAGCAUUUUAUUCUUUGAUGGGAUCACAUUUUAAAGGUCCCAUAUUUCACACUUUUAUGGUGUUUUAUUCGAAGUUUUGAUAUCCAUUAUAAGGUUUAUCUGUGGUUUUAAGUAUCGAAAACCAUCUCAGUGUAGUUUUACAUCUCAUCUCCUCUGGGUGACGCACGGCCGGGCCAACCACAGGUAACAGAUUUCAGCCUACUACUGUAGCUUGGUUAAAAAACAAAAACAAAAACUCACCAGGAAAGGCAAAUGGAGAUAGGCAGUCAGCGCUGAAAUGAGCCGAACAGACGGUCAAACUCAGACUGAAAUGCUCCGGCUGGACUUGGUGUGGAGCUAAACACCAGAGCCUUGGGCCUGGUUCCUGUGCAAACCGCCGGAUCAUCUCGCGGCGUCGGGGUGAAAUAUCGCAAAUUUCAGGUAAACACUCGGAGAAACCAAAUCCUGCAGGGUGGGAAGGUGGGCCUGGGUGGGCCAUGCUGGGGGCAUGUCUGAGGGCCAUGACUGUUUCUUUGUGACAUCGCAAAGUUACGGACGUCCUGACGGCACGUUUUAAGGCACAGUUUCUGAAUAUGGGCUGUGUGCUUUUCUCCGUCGAUAAAGCGUUUUGAUACUUUCACAGUAUUUAUAUAGCACCUAGACCUGCUUAAUAAUCAGAAAAGAACAUAGAAAUCUCAUUUUCUACAAUAUAGGACCUUUAAAACCAUUAAAUUCUAAGUACCCCUUUCGUCAAGCCUGACCUUCCACCUAAGCAAAUCAAUUUUGAAUUUAAUGUCCAGUUUGAUUCUUUGAUCAUGUACUUCUGAAGUCUUGUGAGCGAUACCUUUUGUUUCAUGAUGUAGUUUUUCCUUCAUGUGGCACCAUCGACUUUCCGCACAUCAGUAUUAAAUUGCUUUUUUUCUUCAUAACCUUGUGUGGUAAAAGCUGUGGAGGUUUUUUUUGAUUACUUGAAACACCUGUAUUUAAAGCCCUCAGCCAUAUCUCUCUCUCUUUCUGAUGUUUCAGCUGUUCUGCCAUCUUAAGUCCCGCAUGCAUAAUUUUCAGGCAUUUGACACUGGAUAUCACCAUGGAUAUUACAAGUUACAUAAGUGAAUCCCCUUUUUUCUUAUGAAGACCACUGACAUAAAAUGUUUUCACAAGAUUUAUUUAGUAGUAUAAAGCACAGUAUAUAAAUAUCCAUAAUGUAAUAACAUAGUAUCUCUAUCAGAUAAAUGAAUAACAUUUCCUCCCAAACAUUUAAUUGUUGUAUGGCCUAGUAACAGGUCAUUAAAAUGAAGUUUACAGUGGGAUUUUGUUAAGAGAUUGUAGUUAGCCAACUGACUAUCUUGAAAAGUGUGUUUAUUACCUAAUACGACUGUGAGAUUGUCAUUUCAAUUUGAGAAAUACUGUACAUACCAAGCAUCCUAUUAGCUACUUGGCUAGAGUCUUGAUUUUGUGCUUGGAAACCAACAUAAUCACCAAAUGUACAAAAAUUGAAUCUUUAAAAACAGAAAGUACAAAAACAGUUCAACAAACUAAAUUGAGAAGAAGUUAUGAUUUUAGUUGCAGUUAAAGGCUUAUAUAAUCCGUGCAGUCUAACAUCAACUGUAUUUCAGUGGGGGAAUAUGUUAAUAAAUGUGCAUGUACAGUCAAUUACCAAUAUGAU